GUUUAAUCUAGUUCUAUGAUUCCCUGCGUAGGUAUAAAAUUUCGCGGAUUCCGCCACCAUAAGGAGCUAAGCCAUUCCCAGAUAUCAAAUCAUAUCACAAUGACAUUCGGAUUGAAUCAUAUUAAGAGACUAUUCAACCGCAAAGAAAAGAAGAAAGAGAUGACCACAUCAUCAAUUAGCUGGCCAAUUGGGAGGCCACCACAAAGACAAGACCAGAACCAAGUAAAUCGUGACGUAUAUGACGAUAUUCGCAACGUACCGAUACACUUUACGCCUCGAACCCAAGGUGAGGAGGCUACACGCGCAUUUGUCAAGAAUGGUAUGUCUGAUGACCUGAUCAAGUUGCUUGACGAUCGGGAUGACGCCGAAAGGCAACUAAACAACGCCCCUAAGACGAAAGGUACUGAGGAGGUACAGCGUAUACUUCGUGAGCCCUCCAGGAAGUCAAUCGAGGACUUCCAUAAUGCCCGCAACCGCGCCGAGGCCACAAAAAGGUAUGGCAUUGUUGGUGACCUUGCGUACCACGUGGAUAAGUACAUUCGCCGGAACAGCGUACCGGUACUACCACCGCUGCAGCUCAUAGACUUCGGAAUGGUGAUGCGUAGAGAAUACGGAGGGUUCUUUAGUAGCUAUAGUAGUUAUCGUGCGACGCCAAUUUCGUCCACUCCCGUUGACUGGCUUGCUCUCGGAUUCUCAAUGUCAUCGGCUGGUAAAAGCCCAUCCUUGUCCCUUAUAGGCGAGCGUAGCAACAGCAGGGAUUCACUAGAUGCUAACUACGAUUCUUCUAGCCGGUCAUCACUAGAGUCGGAGAUCAACAUGGCUGAACACGAAUGGCUGGAGGAACUGGCGAGCCGGGAUGUGCGGGAAGCAAGUACCCUCACGAUACAUAAGGUACCAGCCUCCGAAGUGCGUAUCACACAGAUCAACCCCCCCAAAGACUAGAUAUAAACUCGUGCACACCUGAACCCUGAGGUGAGUACUUAGAAUGGUCAUAUUUUGUUCAAAAUAUGUACUUAGGUACUUAGCUUCAAGUAUAACUCAUUACUGAUGUGGUAUGAAGUCGGAAUAUAGAUAGUAUCUGUGAAUCCUACUUAUUAU